UGUAGCUCCAACAACUAUAUCACCUACGACAACCACAACAAUCUCCCCUUUGACAACUGUAGCUCCAACAACGCCAAUCAAAACUGCAGGACCCACUGCUUUUGUAAGUCCUACGACAAACACAAAUGUAGCUCCUACAGCAAGCACAACAGCAAUUAGUACAACAAAUGUUGCUCCUAAGAUCACUACAAAUGCAGCAGCACCAACUGUAGCUGCAUCCACAACCACUACUGCAGCCCCUAUGGCAACAACAACUCUAGCUCAUACAACAACAACGUUAGCUACAAUAGCAAGCACAACAGCAGCUGCAACGACAACCACUGCAGCUUCUAUAACAUCUACAACAAGCGCAACAAUACCACCUACGGCAACAACUACAGCUUCUACUACGACAAAAAUGGUAGAUCCUGCGACCACCACAAAUGAUGCAGCUACUACGACAACCACAGCUCCUACAACUCCAACUGUAGCUUCUUCCACAAGAACAAGUGCAGCCCCUACUACAACCACAACAGAAGCUUCUUCUACAACAACUGUAGAAACUACGACUACCACAACAACAUCCCCGACGACAACUGCAGCUCCUACUACAACUACCGUAGCUCCUACGGCCACUACAACUGCAGCAGCUCCAACAACAACUGUAGCUGCUUCCUCAACCACUACAGCAGCCCCUACUGCAACUAGAAAUGAAGAUCCUUCUACAAUAACCACAACAACAUCCCCUACGACAACUGCAGCUCCUACUACAACCACCGGAGCUCCUACGGCCACUACAACAGCAGCAGCUCUUACAACAACAACUGAAGCUGCUUCCACAAGCACUACUGCAGCCCUUACUGCAACCACAUCUGAAGCAUCUUCUACAACAACUAUAGCACCUACGACAACAUCCCCUUCGACAACUGUAGCUCCAACAACGGCAAUCACAACCGAAGGUCCUACGACCAUUUUAACUCCUACGACAACCACAACUGUAGCACCUACAGCAGCCACAACAACAACUGUAGCACCUACAACAACAUCUUUUUCGACAACUGCAGCUCCAACAACUAUAGCUCCAACAACUAUAUCACCUACGACAACCACAACAAUCUCCCCUUUGACAACUGUAGCUCCAACAACGCCAAUCAAAACUGCAGGACCCACUGCUUUUGUAAGUCCUACGACAAACACAAAUGUAGCUCCUACAGCAAGCACAACAGCAAUUAGUACAACAAAUGUUGCUCCUAAGAUCACUACAAAUGCAGCAGCACCAACUGUAGCUGCAUCCACAACCACUACUGCAGCCCCUAUGGCAACAACAACUCUAGCUCAUACAACAACAACCACCUACGACAACAUCCCCUUCGACAACUGUAGCUCCAACAACGCCAAUCACAACCGAAGGUCCUACUACCAUAUUAACUCCUACGACAACCACAACUGGAGCACCUACAGCAGCCACAACAACAACUGUAGCACCUACGACAACAUAUUUUUCGACAACUGCAGCUCCAACAACUGUAGCUCCUACAUCGCCAAUCAAAACUGCAGGACCUACUACCAUUGUAAGUCCUACGACAAACACAAAUGUAGCUCCUACAGCAACCACAAUAGAAGCUUCUGCUACAACAACUGUAGAAACUACGACUACCACAACAACAUCCCCUACGAGAACUGCAGCUCUUACUACAACUACCGUGCUCCUACGGCCACUACAACUGCAGCAGCUCCAACAACAACUCUCCAACAACGCCAAUCAAAACUGCAGGACCCACUGCUUUUCACCUACGACAACUACAACAAUCUCCCCUUCGACAACUGUGGCUCCAACAACGCCAAUCGCAACCGAAGGUCCUACUACCAUUUUAAAUCCUACGACAACCACAACUGGAGCACCUACAGCAGCCACAACACCAACAUCUUUUUCGACAACUGCAGCUACAACAACUGUAGCUCCUACAUCGCCAAUCAAAACUGCAGGACCUACUACCAUUAUCACUACAAAUGCAGCAGCACCAACUGUAGCUGCAUCCACAACCACUACUGCAGCCCCUAUGGCAACAACAACUCUAGCUCAUACAACAACAACAACGUUAUCUACAAUAGCAAGCACAACAGCAGCUGCAACGACAACCACUGCAGCUUCUAUAACAUCUACAACAAGUGCAACAAUACCACCUACGGCAACAACUACAGCUUCUACUACGACAAAAAUGAUAGAUCCUGCGACCACCACAAAUGA